AUGGACUCAGGGAUGGCCUUCAGCAACAGCAUGAAUUACAAAUUUCAACAUGAUUCAAGUAGUGGCACAGACUACAGAUAUCCACAUGGACAUCAGGCUUCAUCCCAACCUGGGGAAGCAGUAUGGAUCAUGGAUACCAAGACGGCCUCCAGGGGAACAAGAAGUACCCCUCAGUCUGGGGAGAUUUCUGACUUGGACCAGCAGGUGUGGAUCCUUCGUGGUCAGAACCUUGUGUCAGUUCCACGGAGUAAUAAUGUAGUCCCAGUCACCAUCACUGUCCUUCCAUGCAAGUAUCCAGAGUCUCUUGAGCAGAACAAAGGGAUUCCCAUUUACAUGGGAAUCCAGGAUCCAGACAAAUGCAUGCUCUGUGAGGAAGUUGAUGGACAGCCCACUUUGCAGCUCAAGGAGGAGAAUAUUUUGGAUUUGUACAAGCACCCUGAGCCCAAGAAACCCUUCCUGUUUUACCACACCCAGACUGGUAGAACAUCUACCUUUGAGUCAGUGGCUUUCCCUGGCAGCUUCAUCGCCUCCUCCAAGAAUGGCCAGCCUAUCUUCCUCACAUCGGAACAGGGGAAAUACUACAAUAUUAACUUCAAUUUACAAAUAGGGCCUUGAACUCAGCAUAUCAAUAGAGGGUUGGUUAGAAGUCUUUGUCUUAAAACUUUUGUUUGAUCUGUGGUAUUUACAUCCUGAGAGGUGAGUAGCACCAGCACUAUCUUAUUUCAUAGAUGAAUGGGCAAUAAAGCAAAAUGUGUACUCCAAAGUAGGUGGGAUGGGAAUGGUGUAAGGCU